AUGAAACACACAAUCAUAUUUGCCGUUGCUAUUUUGAGUAUGGUGGUUCAUCUAAAGGCUACAAGAAGCAUGUUUUACGAUGCUGUGAUAAAAGACAGAAUAAUUAUAAGAUAUUAUUUAGUUUUAACUGAUAACGAAUCUAUAACAAUUUGUGCUCUGAAAUGUUUUUCUGAUACAAACUGUUUAUCAUUUGCUUUCAACGGAUUAAAAAGAGAAUGUUAUCUAUACGAUUCAUAUGUAUUACCAUCAGAAUCAAGUUUAGAUGAUGUUGGGACAACCAUAUUUAAUGAAUCAUCAGAGAAUUCUACAGAUAACCAGAGCACUCAGACACUUUAUGAUGAGGAAGAAAUACCUAAUUAUGAUCUCGACAAUUAUGGGAAAUGA